AUGGCGCGGCUCAAGUCGUGGCAGACCGCCCUGCUCCUGCUCCUCCUCGCUGCCACCGUGCCGGCCCGGGCCCAGGACUCCGAACCUGAGCGAGCCAUGCGCACGCCCAGCUUCAGCCACUGGAACGACAGGCCCCAGGGUCUGAAGGAUCCAAUCUGGUUCUGGCUCCCAUCGGGGACAACUCCCUGGCUGGAUGCUUCCUCCUCCCGCACCUUUGACAUCCUGGCCAUCUACUACGGCUCCGACGCAAAUUUCUCCUGCACGGCUUGUGUGGCGGUCUACCGCGGCCAGGGCCCCAAGUGGCAGCUCAUCCGCCAGGUGCUGCGCAGCCAGGAGUGGCACGCCCUCCACCCGCGCUACGGCGUGGUCAUGCUGGCGGACGACGACGUCAUCAUGUCUACCCACGUCCUGAGCGAGGCCUUCCGGAUCUUCAGGGCGCGGGGGCUGGUCCUGGCCCAGCCCUCUGUGUGCGACCACCCCCAGUCCAGCACGCUGCAGCCCGUGGUCAAUCAGAGAAAGUCGCUGUUCAUGCGGUACACCGCGUUUGUGGAGAUCAUGGUGCCCAUGGUGCGCAUGGACGUCCUGCACCGAGUCAUCGGUCCCACGCUGGAUGAGGCGUACUGCGGCUGGGGCCUGGACAUCGUCUGGCCCUUCCUGCUUGGCUACCCCAAGGACACCGUGGGGAUCAUCGACAGCGUCUGCGCUUUCCACCCGGCUGCGCAGCUGGACAAGGUGUCCACCUAUGGCUUCCAGAAUCCCAUGGCCAGGACUGAGUGGGAGGAGCACCUGUACGCGCUGAAGAAGUUCGGUCUGACCCCAGAAACAAUGGCCGCCAGAGGCAUGCCCGUACUCCCCCAGCGGAUGCUAUGGGGCUUCAUGAGGGAAGAAGGCGGCCCCAUCUACAAGCUCAACUGGACCCUGUCCGACGCGGAGGAGGAGAUAAUGCUGGGCGACCUGUUUAAGACGGCGGAGGAGAUGGAGGAUGUCCCUGCGACCUGCUGGGACCCGCGACCAUGGGCGCUGGGUCCCGCUGCGCUCCUUGCGGUGCUGGCCCUGCUGCUGCGGCGCCGACGGCGAGUGCGCGGUCGGCAGGGCCCCAGGGAACCGGAGGCGGGGCACGUAUGA